UGAUUGCUGGAACUGACGCUGGAUUCUUCCAGUUGGUGGGGUGAACCAGCACAACCCUCCCCAGGGAGUCAACACAUAAGACGUGCAUUCACCACCCCGACAAGCAUCACGAAACCCAGACCACCCUCCCAGUCCCAACUCUCACAAAACAAUCCCCACAAUCUAACCAUCACGAUGAAACUCCCCCUCCUUACCCUCCUUCCCUUCCUCGCCCAGCACACCACCGCCCAUCCCUCCCGCAAGCCCCAAGCCCCCCCCGUGCCCCCCAUCUUCUUCCUCGCCGGCGACAGCACAACCGCCAAACAAAGCACCGGCGGCGGCGGCUGGGGCAACGGCUUCCUGAACACAACCCUCCACCACAACGCAACAGGAAUCAACUACGGCGUCAACGGCCGAACGACCGUCAGCUACCGCGCCGACGGCUACUGGGCCACCGUGCUCGCGAGCGUAACCACCGCCCACGCCUCCGGCACGCACAACCCCUACGUAACCAUCCAAUUCGGCCACAACGACCAGAAGGCAGCCGCCAACAUCUCCAUCGCCGAGUACACCACCAACCUGGAAGUGUUUGUCAGUGACGUGCGCACCGCCGGCGGCACCCCCAUCCUGGUCACGCCGCUCUCGCGCCGCGGCUACGACAACUCAACCGGCACGCCCCUCAUCGUCGAGAACCUGGCCGAUCAGCGCGCCGCCACGAUCGCCGCGGCGCAGGCCACCGGCGCGCUGUGGAUUGAUUUGAAUGCGGCGAGUACCCGGUACCUGAAUGCGAUUGGGCCGGCGGACGCGUGGACGUAUAACCUGGUGGCGGAUGAUCAGACGCAUUUGAAUGCGCAGGGGAGUGUGGUUUUUGGGGGGCUCGUGGCCGAGCUGAUCGGCGGGGUUGUGCCAGACCUAAAGAGGGAGGGGUUUGUGGUUGUUGAGAGGACGCUCAGGGAGGAUUUGGAUCGCGGGGUGUAUUUUUGGCCGGAGUUGUAGGGCUUCUCUGGAUUUUGUGGGGAGGGAGGGGAUUA